AUGUCUUUUAAGGAACCGAACACAAAGGUAGAGUCCAGUCUCGAUAAUGAGGCUGCCUCCACGAGCAGUGCGGCGAGUCUCGAGGAGUUUUUAAAGUUAGAGCUUGCGGAUCAGGAGGGGGCUAGGAUCCGGUACAGAACGUGCUCGUGGGAGAAGACAGCGGCCCUGCUGUUCUCAGAGUAUGUUUGUCUUGCAGUGAUGAGCUUUCCCUGGUCGUUUUCUGUGCUCGGAGUGGUGCCAGGAAUUCUGUGCACGGUGUUUGUGUCGUUGUGCGUGCUGUACACCUCGCUUACGCUAUGGCGAUUCUGCUUGAAGCACCCACAGGUCCAGGAUAUCUGCGACAUAGGACAGCACCUGCUGUGGGGCCACCGUUGGGCCUGGUGGUUUACGGCGGUGUGUUUUAUUCUGAACAACACCUUCAUUCAGGGGCUGCACGUGCUGACGGGGGCCAAGUACUUAAACACGAUAACCAACCACGCAGUGUGCACUGUGGAUUUCUGUGUGGUUGCGGCGGUGAUCUGCUUUGUGUUCUCCCUACCACGGACAUUUUCUGGGCUGUCGUUCAUGGGCUGGUUUUCGGCAGCAACCAUGUUUGUGGCUAUCGUGCUGAGCAUGGUUUUUGCCGGUGUCCAGGAUCACCCUGGCGGCUGGGAUGGGACCACCGGCGUGACGUGGCGGCUGUGGCCAGCUCCAGGAACGACAUACGUCCAGGGAAUGAACGCUGUGCUGAAUAUUGUGUACACAUUCGUGGGACAAAUCACGUAUCCGUCGUUUAUUGCAGAGAUGAAGAAUCCAAGAGAUUUCAACAAAGCGGUCUACGCAGUCACGAUCGCAGAGAUUGUGCUAUACGUGCUAACAGGCACGAUCGUGUACGUUUACGUGGGUGACGCAUACAUCACGGCGCCGGCAUUUGGAUCGCUGGCCCCAGUGUACAAGAAAAUUGCUUUUUCGUUUGCAGUGCCGACGCUUAUCUUCCUGGGUCUGCUGUAUGCCAGCGUCUCUGCGCGGUUUGUGUUUUUCCGUAUUUAUGACAAGCACAGCCAGCACAGGCGUGACCACACAGUGGUAGGAUGGGCAGUGUGGACGGGGCUGUUGGCGGCAACGUGGGUGGUUGCGUUUGUGAUUGCGGAGGUGAUUCCAUUCUUCAGCGAUUUGCUCUCUUUGAUGAGCUCUCUAUUUGACUGCUGGUUUGGUUUUGUCUACUGGGGACUCGCAUAUUUCCAUGUUCGGGAUGUGCGUGGCGGCCUGUGGGACAAGGUCCAAGUCGUGCUCAAUGUCGGGCUGAUUGUGCUCGGGUUCUACAUUUUGGGUCCUGGUGUGUACGCUGUGGUCCAGAGUAUCAUUGACUCGUACCGUGCAGGCGAAGUCGGUGGUGUGUUCGGCUGUGCAGAUAAUGGCCUGUAG